AUGUCAAGUUACGAGGACGUUCCUCUGGAGUCCUUUGAGGUCUUGGAGGGCGUGGCUCCAGACAACGAGCGUGCUCUCCACGAUCAGAACGCGGAAGCGGCAGAGGAAAGUCAUAACAGAUCCUCGCCAUUGGGUGCGUCGGUUGGAUCAUCCAGCUUUUCUUUCCCUCCUUUUAGCGCAAGCACGUUGGCGAUCCCAUACCCAACCCAGGAUAGUAAUUGCUACCACAGCACCGUCUCUCGUCAGUGGAGGAUCAACGAGUAUGAAACUUGCGAUUCAUGCGGUAACAGACCACAUCUGAGGUGGUUCUAUCUCUGCACUGAGGACAUAUCGAGCUACUCGAACCCAGUCAACCCUAAUGGCUCCUUCCUAAGCCCAUGGAUCACGGACGCAAUCUUAGCGGGCGAGUAUACCGACGCUGAAAGGGAGAUCUUGUUCGAGCAGAAGCUGAGAGUCAUGGAGAUGUGUGAGAGGGAGCGAAGACAAGCGCAGGCCGGCCCACGCUUUGGGCAUGAGGACGAAUUUCGUUAUAACCCUCUUGGCCUGAACCCAAACGUCCCACAGACGCCUCCGCGUCCUGCUCGCUGCUGCUACAGAGCUUGCCAUCACUGUGACCACAGGCUGCUAGAACGGACCUGGCUCAGCAUUGAUACUGUCUGCAACGAUCCCAAUGUGAAACCUCCGAGUGCCUGGGAUCUAUGGGAAACCCCCGUGUCUGAUGCUAAGCUUCUCAGCAACAUAGGUUUGCACGGUCCACCACCACCUCCGCCACCUCACUUUUCCCAGUACGUGUACUGUGGAGUCCACAGUGGCCAUACUCAACGCGUCUCUGAAAACUACUCUGCCGAUUACGACUCAUAUUCAGACUUUAGCGUCCUCAUGAGUAGGCUGUCGACCAUCGAAGAGGCAAGUGAGGAGACAGACAUUCGCAUCGAGACGGGCUAGAGAACGGCUAUUCACUGUGCAACUGACAUCUUUCGCUUUUCCCAUGCAGAGGAACCUGGCCUUAUGGUUAGCAAUGUGCGAGUAUUACUGGCAAUGGUUGCGCUCAUGCUUGAAGUGGGUUACCGAGGUGGGAGGGAUUCAACCUUGGAAAGGUGAUAAUGAUACAUUCAGCAUGAUUGUCAUGACGCAACGAUAUUUCUAACUUUUGUUUGCAAUUCCCGUUUCGAUCUAAAACGUAUACUGUUGUUGGGUAUGGACUGAAGGAACGCAUUGGCAUGGGACGAAUUAAUGAACCGACUGGAAUGGAAUAUGAAUUCUGUGCGCUGUUGACUUGAAAUAAAAUGCUUUAGCUAACACGAAAAACAAAUAAACAAUAUGUGCGUAUCAGCCUAAUUAUUGAGAUUUUCGAAUCUCCAACUGCGAAUACUGAUAGAACCGGAACUGGAAAUUUGGUUGGAGUAAUCGGGGGAAUUGGGGAGCGUUCCG